GCGCCAUUUCCUCUCGCUCUCCCUUCUAAAUUCCCUCUCGCUUCGCUAUUCUCUCCCUCUGCAUUUCCUUCUAGGUUUUCUCCAUUUCCUCUCCUCUUCUCAUUCUCUGCAAAAGCUAGGGUUUCUUUCCAUUUCCCUUUUCCCUCCAUUUUCAGAUCCUUCCUGCAAGAAUGCUAACCGUCGAUCUUGUCUGGAAGUCUAAUCAUCGAUCCGAUCCUCAGAUCAGGUCCUAAUAAGUAGCAGAGAUACUUUGAAGCCAUUGUAUAUGUUAUAUCUUCAGCCAUGUUUGGAGUUCCUGCAUUGGUUUCUACUAGAAACCCUAUACUACGUCGUUCUAGUAGCAAACUCAUUGACCCUGGUUCAUCUGAACUGGGAAAUAAUGUUGAAGAGGGCUCCUUGUUUCCAACAGAAGUUAAUGAAAUGAAAACUGGAAAUUCACAAAUUCACAGUGGUGUAUUAAUGCCAUCACCAAUCUUUUUAUGGAGAUUCAAGGUAUUACUCUUUCUCAUUUGGGGCUGCAUUUGUUGCAAGAUUAGUUGGGACUCUGUCAUGAUGAUGAGUGUGGAUUUACGGGACUUAUUUCUUUAUGAAGCUUUCUUGUAUUAUAACCCUUUUCUUCUUGUGACUAUGAUGGUUUGGCUUUGGGGAGUGAAUUUAUGGGUCUUUGCUCAAUCCUCUGUGAACUAUUCAAAAAUAUUUGAUCUUGACCCCACUCAUCUUACACACAGAGACAUAUGGAAGUGUGCCACUUGGAUGACAAUUGUUGUCCCAACUAGCAUGACUGCAUACCUUUAUCUCUACUCUCAUGGAGAAGUGUCUUUCGCUGAAUCACAACCAGUAAUAUUAUAUGCUGUUGUUCUGAUGAUUCUCAUAUUCCCUUUUGAUAUUUUUUAUUUAUCAUCCCGCUACUACCUAUUGAGGACACUUUGCCGGAUAAUACUCCCAUUGCAGGCAAUAACAUUUUCUGACUUUUUCUUGGCUGAUAUUCUAACCUCAAUGGCAAAGGUGUUUUCAGAUUUGGAGCGUUCAGUUUGCCGGAUGGUCCAUCGACUGGUUCCAACAAUUGCAUGGUUGGAUGCUGAUCCUGUUUGUGGUAGUCAGUCAAUUGCAAUCCCAUUAGUCCUUGUCUUCCCUUAUGUGUGCCGUUUCUUCCAAUGCCUUCGGCAGUACAAGGAUACUAGAGAGAAAACAUCCCUUCUGAAUGCUUUAAAAUAUUCAACGGCAGUCCCAGUGAUUUCUCUUUCGGCUCUUAAAUACCAUGUCUUCCCUGAUAGGUGGACAAAUGUUUAUCGCCCUCUUUGGCUUCUUUCGAGCAUUAUAAAUUCAUCAUAUUCAUUUUACUGGGACCUGACCCGUGACUGGGAUCUGAGCGUUUUCUCCCGAAUUUUCAAGUUCAAAAACCCAAAUCUAUGCUCAAAUGUGUUAUAUGGACAGCAAUGGGUUUAUUACUGGGCAAUCGGAAGCAACCUGGUCCUUCGGUGCACUUGGACGUACAAGCUAUCAGCUCAUCUCCGUAGAAAUUUCCUGACUGUUUUCACAAUUACGGCCUUGGAGAUGUUCCGUCGCUUCCAAUGGGUUUUCUUCCGAGUAGAAAAUGAGUGGAAUAAGAUGACCCUCAAGCUGAGCUUGCAGGUUGCAGUGAGCGACGUUCCGAAGGAGGAAGACAGACUCCUUGACCCUAACAACCGUAAUAUAUAGACCUGGUAUCACACCCACAAUCUCAUUCAGUUUUACUUCUCGAUUGUCUUUUGCCUGGAAAGGCUCCCCCCCUCUUUCCUUAGUCAGGUCCAUUUUAUGAUCACAAGGUUCCAUUUUUAGGAAGAAUAGGUUGGCCAAUUGUAGGACACAUGUUGUUUGUACCUUUCUAGAAUUAUUUA